AUGGCGCCUUCAAAGGAAGUCUCUACGAGCUCAAAUGCCAUCGCAGGCAUUGAUGCUGAUCAGACUCUCAAGGCCGCAAAGGCAUUGUUGGCCCACAUGAAGAAGACCUCUUCGGAGAAGGCCAACACUGCCGGAAAGAAGAACCUUCUUGCCAGCCCAGAUGAUGAAACCUCCACUGACGAGCUGCCCAUAUGGCUGAACCUUACAACCAAGCGUCAUAUCGUUGAGUCGAACCGAAAGAGCCUGAAGCCUGGGAAAAUCGUCCUGCCGCACUCGUUGAAUACCGACCCUGCCGUUACCAUCUGCCUGAUCAGUGCCGACCCCCAGAGAGCCUACAAGAACUUGAUUGCGUCUGAGGAAUUUCCAGAGGAGUGGCGUAAACGUGUCACCAGAGUGGUUGAUGUGUCGAAGCUGAAGUCUAAAUUCAAGACAUAUGAGGAAUUGCGCAAGCUGUUCGCGGAACAUGACGUCUUUCUCGGAGACUCCAGAAUCAUCAACCGGUUACCAAAAGUUCUCGGCAAGACGUUCUACAAGACUACGGCAAAACGUCCAAUCCCGGUUGAUAUCCAGAAGCGUGUACCGAAAGUCGACGGAAAGAAGGUGAAGCACGUUAAGGGCGGAGACCAUAUCAACAUAUGCACACCAAAAGAGCUGGCUGCCGAAAUUGCAAAGGCCGUCGGUACUGCGCUCGUCAACCUCACGCCGUCAACCUCGACCGCCAUUCGCAUCGGCUACGCUGGCUGGACCGCUCAGCAGAUUGCUGACAACGCCAACACCGUCGCCUCUACAUUGGUGGAGAAGUACGUCCCGCAAAAAUGGCAAAACGUCAGGAGCAUCUACAUCAAGGGCCCGGAAACUGCUGCGCUGCCAGUCUGGCUCACUGACGAGCUGUGGCUCGAGGAGAAGGACAUCGUUGCCAAUGGCGAGGAGACCAAGAGCCUGAUGAAUACCGAGAAGGCGAAUAUUGGCAAGAAGCGCAAGUCGCUCGAUGGCCCCGAGGAGACCGCACCGGCUCCCAAGAAGGUGAAGAAGGCCAAGGUCCCGAAGCUGUCCGAGAGCAGCGAAGAUAAGCUGGCGCAGGAGAUUGCGGAGCGGAAGUCUAAGCUGAAGAAGCAAAAGGCUGCUGCGAAAAAGGCGCUCGAGGUCUAA